GGCGAGGGAGAAAGCAGUGGCAGCAGGAGAGAGAGGGCAGAAGUUGGAUGGUGCCUUCCUUUGUCACCGUGUCUCUGUGCUUAUGAACAUCGAGCGAGCCUAUCUGCGAUCCGUGAAAUCACACCGUCUGUCGCCGUUUCACGUCCAAGUUACUCCUCCGGAUUUCGCCUAAGAAACGAUCUGAACCUGUCGCCACGAUGAUGGAGGAAUCGGUGUCUACGUUUGAGACGCAUCUGACGGCUGUCAUGGACAGCCUGAUCCGCGCCUCGGUGUGUGAGAUCACCAAACUCUUCCAGGACAUGGUGAACGACUACCUGGUGGAGCUGUCCCUCAACAGGAAGGAGAACGAUGCUCUCAAGCAGCGGCUUAGGCUCACUGAGAACAAGCUAAGAACCGAACGCAAGUACGGAAUGGGCUGGGCUGCCAACCGCCGCAAUGCUGGCCUGGCAGCGGCGGCGGAGGAGGGAGCCGGAGGGCGACAGAAACGAAAAGUUGAGGUGGCCCGAGGCAAGUCAAAGAAGCGCCCAGCAGCAGCCUAUGGCAAAGGCUGGCCUGGAAGUGUGUGGGAGGAAGGUGGAGGUGGCAGCACUGGCGUUGGUGGUGGUGGAGGAGGAGGCGGAGGAGGAGGAGGAGGAGGGGGCGGAGGAGGAAGUGCAGGAGCUGUGGGGAUGGUAGCAGGAGCAGGAGGAAGAGCAGGGAAGGAGGCCAGGGAGAUGUACCUCAUCCAGUUCCCCGGGGAUGAAGAGGAUGAGGGAGGGAUGGUGGAGGACGAGGAAGGGGAGGGCAGCCUCAGCGGUGAGGGGGAGGAGACGGCCAACAUCAAAGAGGAGCAGUUUGCACAAACAGAGGGCUAUCAGCCCGCCUCUCUGCGGCUAAUCAAGGAGGCUUUGAAGAUGGACCCGCCCAACCAGAACCUCCAUAUCGGCUCCAGAGCCCAAAGCGAAGGAGACAUGUCAGAUCAUCCCCCAACCCUUCAUCCAGGAGAGAGAGAAGAGGACUGGGAGGUGGGUUCAGCAGAGCCAUCGCAGGGGGGCAUGACCAUGGAUGAGCUGAGGGGCCUGGAGUCUGCACUGAGGGCUGAGAGAGGCCGUGAAAAGGCUGCCAUGGCGACCCCGCAGCCUAUCAGUCCUGGCCCAGCUGUAGCGCGAGGCAGCGAGAGCAGCUUGGCCCCAAAGUACAUCGGUCUGGAUGGAAUGGAGCAGGAUGAAGAGCUGGAGCCUCCCACCCUGCAGAGGGAGGAGCAGAUCGGACAAGCUAGGUUGAAGGACGCAGUGAGGGCAGCCUCGGAGCUGAGGUUUGGCUGGUCGAAGAAGUUGAGAGAGAGCGACUCGGCUGUGGCCAUGACUGAGGAGGAUGCGGUGGAUCAGGGAGAGUCAGAGCACCUGCCUCACCUGUCCGCUCCAGGAAGUGUCGGGGAGAGCGGAGGGGAAGAGGAGGGUGGCGGGGACCUGCUCCAUUUCUGCCCACAGUGUGGAGGAGGCUUCACCUCCGAGGCUGAGCUGGAGGAACACCCAUGUCCACUCGGAGGUUCUCAUUUACAGGGUGAAGGAGAGGAGGGUCUUUUCCCAUGUGCGCACUGUGGCAACACGUUCAGCCAUGCCUGGGCUCUUAAGAACCAUGAGUGCGCCUGUGCCGCCGAGCGGCCACACUGCUGCGAGAUCUGCGGGAAACGCUUCACGCACUCGCGCUCACUGGAACGACAUCAUCUGGUGCAUACAGGCGAGAGGCCGCACCGGUGCCCUCAGUGUGGACGCAGCUUCAGUCGUCUCGGCAAUUUGGAGCGGCACCAGCGGAUUCACACAGGUGAACGUCCGUACGGGUGCGACGCCUGCGGAAAGCGUUUCAGUCGCGUGGAGUACUUAAAGAGACACCAACUCAUACACAACAGUGAAAAGGUGACACUGCAGUGCUCCAACUGUGGCAGCAGCUUCAGCGAUGUGGAGCAGCUGAAAAACCACCAGUGUUUUUAGAGCCUCUCCUUUAACUCUCUGACAAAACUGGAAAUAAAAAGCAGGUUUUUAUUGAAUGUGGUAGAAUCAGGUGAUGAAUGUGACCGGUGGAUGCUAAUAUUGUUCUCAGUGAUUUGGGAAAUGCCUUUCUUACACAUUCUGACAGGAUCAACAUGUUAAAUUAACAUCAAGAUAAAGAAGCACAUACAUGUGUGGAUGAUUUUUGUUGAUUAAAAUGUCCAAAGUUGACAGGAAGUCAGUUGUACAUGGUGUUUGGAUCUCAGACGUUCUUCAGCCAUAUUCAUUGGAGGUGUUCUCAUUUUUAUGUACAAAGCUUGUACUUAUUUAUGAUGAUCAAGAAAUUGUACAUUUUGUGUUUUUAUUAAUAAGUCAAUCCUGUUGCAGCCGAUGUUUUUUGCCGAUACAAUAUAAUUGACAGCUUGGUAUUUUGUAUGUUUGUGUUUUGGUCAUAAAGAAAUAAAUAUUACAAUUCACCGCAA